GUGGGGGUCAUACAGUGUUACAUCAACCAAAAACUCUUGGGAUCAGUUGACUUUACCAACAUCAUACACAUGUUGUUUGUGCAUGAGUGAGAAUGAAAGUGAAGGCACUGAUCACAGCUUUACUGUUACUGAGCUUAAGCUGCGCACAGCCAGACGAGAAGAUGAUUUCCUUUAGUCGGGGUGUUCAACUUAUAGUUAAAGCCAUUAAAAUUAGGACUGUGGCUCCUAAAGUGCUGAUUUUGGCUCCUGUUGGACUCCAAACACCAUCUGAAAGAGCCAUACUUACCUGCGUCAUCAGAGGACUACAAAGCAAUCAAAUGAGCAUCACAUGGAAGAUUAAUAACACGGCUGUGUCACAGAAACACAGCAGUGGUCAAGUGUUCAAACAGCCUGAUGGAACUUUCACCGCUUUAGGAUUCUACUCUGUACCACUUCAUGAAUGGAAGAGUGAUGACGUGUACAGGUGUGAGGUGAAGCAAGAAGGGGUGAUCUACUAUGAAGAAGUGUGGCACUCUCUCUGUGACCAGUAUGUCAGCUAGUCACUCCUUUUGUGAUUAUUUCUGGACAUUUCAUCUAUGCAUCAGAUUAAUGCACUGAGAAUUGUAUGUUCACUGUAUGUUCAUACUCACUAUAUAUUCACUGUAGGUUCUUAUUAACUGUAUAUGUGUGUGAGGACACCUUGCUUUGUUAUAAAACUAUUUUUUGCUGUUACUUUUCAAUUAAGUGCACAUAAAGCAGCUGUUUAGUCAUUCUUUGGUAUAUUUUGCAACACUGAGCAUCAUGUUCAUUCGACUG